CCGUCCCCACCCCCUGCGCAGGUGAUGCUCUGGUGAAAAAGAAGGACGGGAAUACAGAACUACACGAGUCCAAGCAACAACCGACAAACACAAACAAUGGCAGACAAGGACAGCGUGGAGAAGUACCUGGAGAACAACCCGCAGUUCGCCAAAGAAUACUUUGACAAGAGCCUGCGCGCCGAGGCCCUGACCGCCGCCUUCUCCGCGCCCGUGGACGUCAAGGACGCCGCGUCUUUCAAGGAUGUUAACUCCGUGCAAGAGGCCGCCAUCAUCUUCGAGCUGGUGCAGGAGCUGCAGAAGCCGGUGGACAUGGAGCAGUCCCUGCACAAGGUGCUGCAGCGGGUGGCGCUGAUCCUGCAGGCGGACAGGAUCAGCUUUUACAUGUGUCGCUCCAGAAACGGAAUACCCGAGCUCGCCACCUCCCUCUUCGACGUGACGCCGACGUCCAAGUACGAGGCGAACCUGGUGCACCCGCAGACCGAGAUCGUGUUCCCCACCGACAUGGGUGUGGUCGGUUUCACGGCGCACUCCAAAAAGCCCCAAAAUGUCCCCGACGUCUCGAAGAAUCCAAAGUUCUGUGACUUUGUGGACAAACAGACUGGAUACAAGACCAAGUGCAUGCUCACGUUCCCGCUGGUGGCCGACAAGGAAUGCCUCGGAGUCGUCAUGGCCCUGAACAAAAUAGGAGCUGAUAAGUUCUCUCCGGAGGACGAGGCUCUCUUCCACAAGUACAUGAACUUUGCCCAAGUCAUCGCCCUGCAGCACUACACGAACUACAUGUUCAACGUGGAGUCCAGGAGGAGUCAGGUGCUGCUCUGGUCAGCCAGUAAAGUGUUUGAGGAGUUGACAGACAUCGAGAGACAGUUCCACAAAGCGCUCUACACUGUGAGGACCUAUCUGCUGUGCGAACGUUACUCGGUGGGCCUGCUGGACAUGACCAAAGACAAGGAAUUCUAUGACGAAUGGCCAGUGAAACUGGGAGACGUGGAACCAUAUAAAGGUCCAAAAACACCAGACGGCAGGGAAGUCAACUUCUACAAGAUCAUUGACUACCUCCUGGAGGGCAAAGAAGAAAUCAAAGUCAUACCGGGUCCACCGGCCGACCACUGGGCUUUAAUCAGCGGACUGCCGACCUACGUUGCCGAGAAUGGCUUUAUUUGCAACAUGAUGAACGUGGGUGCAGAUGACUACUUCCAAUUCCAGAAAGAGGCUGUGGACGAGUCGGGCUUUGUCAUCAAGAACGUCUUGUCGCUGCCCAUCGUCAACAAGAAGGAAGAAAUUGUGGGCAUUGCCACUUUCUUCAACAGGAAAGAUGGCAAGCCAUUCGAUGAGCACGAUGAACAGAUCACCGAGGCCCUGACGCAGUUCCUGGGCUGGUCCGUGCUGGUCUGCGACACCUACGACAGGCUGAACCGCAUGGAGUACAGGAAAGACAUCGCCCAGGAGAUGCUCAUGUACCAGACCAAAUGCACCACGGAUGAGCUCCAGUCCAUUCUGAACACCAAAGAAAAGUUCGACGCCGAACCCGAAGACUGCGACCCGAAAGAGAUGUACAAACUGCUGAGGGGAACCUGCCCGCAGGCGAACAACGUCAAUGGAGAGGAUCUGUACAAGUUCUCCUUCAGUGACUUCCCCGUUUCAGAGUUCGACCUCAUCAAAGCCGGCAUUCGCAUGUUCUUUGAACUCGGAGUGGUUGAAAAGUUUAAGGUUCCCCCAGAGACGCUGACGCGGUGGAUGUACACAGUGAGGAAGGGUUACCGUUCCAUCACCUACCACAACUGGAGGCACGGCUUCAACGUGGGCCACACCAUGUUCUGCCUGCUCCAGACAGGGAAGCUUAGGAAGUACUACUCUGAUCUAGAUGCCUUCGCCAUGGUGGCCGCUGCUUUCUGCCACGAUAUCGACCACAGAGGAACCAACAACCUCUACCAGACAAAGAGUGCACAUCCUCUGGCCAAACUUCACGGCUCCUCCAUCAUGGAGAGGCACCACUUGGAGUACAGCAAGACGCUCAUGGCCGAGGAGAGCCUGAACAUCUUCUGCAACCUCCAGAAGCGCCAGUUUGAGAACGUGCAGCACUUGUUUGACGUCUGCAUCAUCGCCACCGACCUGGCCCUUUACUUCAAAAAGAGAACCAUGUUCCAAAACAUUGUGAACGCCACAGAGCCAAUGCCAGACGAAAAGGAGGCCAUCGCCUACAUUUCCAACAACUCCACCAGGAAGGAAAUCAUCAUGGCCAUGAUGAUGACAGGCUGCGACUUGUCAGCUAUCACCAAACCCUGGGAGGUUCAGAGCAAGGUGGCUCUCAUGGUCGCCGCUGAAUUCUGGGAACAGGGCGAUCUAGAGAGAAGUGUUUUGGACCAACAGCCAAUUCCCAUGAUGGACAGAAACUGUUCCGAGCAGCUACCCAAGAUGCAGUGCGGCUUCAUCGACUUUGUCUGCUCAUUUGUGUACAAGGAGUUCUCCCGGUUCCACAAAGAAAUCACGCCCAUGUUUGACGGACUGAACCACAACAGGGCUCAGUGGAACGCGCAGGCUGAGGUGUACAACGCAAAGAUGAAGGCCAUCGAGGAUGAGAAGAAGAAGCUGGAAGAAGACGAGGCCAAGAAAGGAGAUGGGGGGAAGUCAAAGACCUGCACCAUCUGCUAAGUUCCCCCAGUGCUUGGAUCUGGACGGAUGCGGUCUGGUUGGUCACUCAUCUAGGCUCCGCUAGCCAAUGAUUCUGGUCUGACAAGUCACCUAGUUGGAUCUUUUGCUCGGGCUAGCUCGGUCUGGUCUGAUCUACGUCGGCGUAGUUCUUUCUGGUUAGGUGCUGUCUGCUCCGGUGCAGUCCGGUCCAGCCCUGUUUGGUCUGGACUGGUUCAGUCUGGGCUACUUCAGUCUAGUGUAGUCAGGUCUGGUCUACUGUCCAGUCUGGAUUAGGCGAGUUUAACCAAAUUUAAUCCCCCCGAGGAGAGUCAGAAACAUUACCAAGAAGUUCUGGUGGGACUCUCUGACUGCACGAGGAACCGUUUGACUCCGUGAAGAUGCAUUUCCUCUGCCUCGGCCAUGAACAUUUGAAAACCAAUACAUACGAGGAAUACUUAUAUUUCCCUUUAAUGUAGCAAUAAUAGAUGCAUUCCUGACAUGCAUAGUCUGAAACUAUGGUUGGAGACGCUCACGAGCUGUGGUCAAAUGUUCCAAGUUUUUCCAAUGUGCAUCACUCAAAUAGUGUAGCACUGCAUGAACUGUAUGCGGGGUGUAUCCAUGCCAAAGCAACAGUUCUCACAUGAUUCAUAUCGGCAGUCAGUUUUCACACGGUAUAGUAAGUAAUACUUUAGGUGGCAUAAUGCACUUAGCUGCUGCUGUUCCUGCAGUGGCAGGAUGUGCGGCGUGGGCGGGAGGUGAGGGCCGGGACAAGAGCCACAGAACUUGAUACUCACAGGGAUCAGAGGAAAAGGGGUUAAACUUAUCAUUUUGAAGUAGCAUGGGUAGUAACAUUUAAGGGCAAGGACACACAAAAUAGAGGGAGACUGCAAUCUGACGGUUCCGUCAACGUUCCAUCAACAAGGGCUGACGUUCUCUUACCUCAAAGGCACCUUGGUGAGUUAUGUGAGGUAAACAUUUAUUUUAAUAUGCAAUCUAUCUAUAUACACAUAUAUGUUGUUUUUUUUGGACUGUUUGUCUGAGCAUUUUGUACUUGAACUUGAACGAGCUUUGGGAGAUGGCGUUGUGAAUCCGUGAACGAGCGCACACUAAAAUCACACCCUGGCAAUCGAGGCUAAUGUUUGUGCAACUCUAUUGCCAGCUUAGACAAACACCCGUGAGCUGUUUUAUUUGUGUCCAACUAGCUGGAAACAAAAAUUACUGAAAAUGGUAAUGUGCAUAAUAUUUACACCAAUGUUUAGAGCAAAUUCCGUGCUCCUAUUGCGAGUCGCAAAAUGCACAAUUGCAUAUGUAUAUAGUUAAACGAUAUAGCAAAUGUAAAAUGUAAAUUGUGUAAAACUUAAUGACAAUUGAAGCUUAAAAUUCUUUUUUGAAGGAUGUAAAAGUAACCUUUGCUUCUUCUACAGAGGCAAAAGUUGCUGUCAAACACGGUACAGUAGACCUACCUCUCCUGUAAGAAGAUUUGAUAGGAUUUGAUUUGUCAGCCAGCGCUGGGAUCCACACAGCUUUAGACUUUAAAUACCCUCCUUACAGAGGAGGUAAAGCAGGCUACCAAAGCCUCAUAUGAAUGUGCAGACGACCUGCGUCCACAUAGCAUCAGUGACUGUAUGUUUGUUCAGGCUGUGCUGCUUUCUUUUUUUUCUUCCUUUUCUUUUUCCUUCACCAACGGUGAGAUGAGUCAUUGUUUGUUUGCUUGAUGUCAACUCAAUGUGAGUCUCCCCUCCGCGUAAAAACCUGAAUUGAACUUGAUCUGGUCGGACAAGUUGAGGGACAGUGAGCCCCCCCCCCCCCCGCCCGUGUGCACUUUCUGGAGCAAUUUGAGAGCAAAGUCCCUCCUGUGGCAAAGGCAAGCUGUGGCUCUCGAACUUCCUGUUACACAAUGUCAUCUCCUCUAAUCAACGGGGCAUCGAUUGAAGGCACUUAAUCCAAUCAGAAUGGCUUUGGGACUACCUGGAAACUCCUCUCUGCCGCUUGAGGGGAAGCGGGGGAGCUGUUGUGAUCACCGGAGCGAAAAACCGGCCAAAAGGAAAAAAACACAUCAACCGAAUCAGCCCCCUGAAAUGUUCCUCGCCGUACCCGCUGCACACAAAAAAAAUGGCCCCUUGCUUUUCCUUCGAAUACCAAAUAAAGCCCCGUAUUCUUUCUACUUAUCCCAUCAGCUGUCAUUAAACAUUAGAACGCCCUCAUUUGAUGUAUGAAAUGGCCUCUACUGUAUGUGUUAUGAGAUGUAAUAUAUAUAAGCAAAUAAAGGAAUUUUCAGAGGUG